UAGAGUCUGAGUAUUUGUUGCGUAGUCGCAGGUGAAUUGCAGAACAUGGCAACAUUCCGCUCCCCGUUUUCUCCCCCUUGGCGUACAUGACCCAAUCAGCUACUGAGCGAACGCCGCUCAUCAACUUUAGCAACGAACAGGAUGCCGCAAUACAAGAACGGAUCACUCUUCGUAGCGCACAACCCGCACUCCAAACUCACAGCGACAUCUACCAACCUUCAUUCUCUAAGACUUUCUGGAUUAGCAUUGGUAUGGUGUUCGCCACCGUGCUAUUCCUCGGCUUUCUCUGGAUGGUCUUCAUCACCAGUGUUGUCUUUGGUAUUGUGAUGUACUUCACCCCGACGGCUUGAGCCCAUACCCGUGU